UUCAUGGAGAGGAUGGUGCCAUUUUAGUCUUCCUUCCUGGAUGGGACAAUAUCAGCACCUUAAACGAUCUUCUGACUGCACAAACCAUGUUCAAAUCAGAUCGGUUUGUGAUCAUUCCUCUCCAUUCUCUCAUGCCUUCAGUGAAUCAGACAGAGGUUUUCAAGAAGCCGCCACCGGGAGUUCGCAAGAUUGUAAUUGCUACCAACAUUGCAGAGACAAGCAUCACCAUAGAUGAUGUGGUUCAUGUGAUUGAUGGAGGAAAGAUAAAAGAAACUCACUUUGACACUCAAAACAAUAUCAGCACAAUGGCAGCAGAGUGGGUCAGCAAAGCUAAUGCCAAGCAACGGAAAGGUCGAGCUGGCAGGGUGCAGCCAGGUUCAUGCUACCACUUGUACAAUGGUUUGCGAGAGAGCCUUCUGGAUGAUUAUCAGCUUCCAGAAAUCAUGAGGACUCCACUUGAAGAGCUUUGCUUGCAGAUCAAGAUUUUAAAUCUUGGUCGAAUUGCCCAAUUCCUGGAGAAGGCAAUGCAGCCUCCAUCGAAGGAAGCUGUUAACCUGGCUGUGACCCAUCUUAAAGAGCUGAAUGCUUUGGAUAGGAAUGAAGAGCUUACUCCACUUGGGGUCCACUUAGCUCGCUUGCCAGUGGAACCACAUAUUGGGAAAAUGAUUCUGUUUGGAGCACUGUUGUGCUGUCUGGAUCCGGUUCUUACCAUUGCAGCCAGUCUCAGUUUCAAGGAUCCAUUUGUGAUCCCAUUGGGUAAAGAGAAAUUGGCCGAUGCAAAACGCCGAGAAUUAUCCAAGCAGUCUCGGAGUGACCAUCUGACUGUGGUAAAUGCAUUUAAGGGCUGGGAAGAAGCGAAAAGGCGAGGUUUCAGAUCAGAGAGGGACUACUGUUGGGAAUACUUCCUUUCUCCAAACAACCUGCAG